UUCAUCGCUGGCUGUUAUGCUUAUGAUCAUAUUGUUAAAAUUGUUUUGAAAAACGGAAUUGCUUAGGAUGUGAAAUUUUGCAUUUUAUUAUAAUUUAAUUGUUUUAUCUAAGUACAUUCUUUGUAGUUUAUUUGAGUUAUAAUGGAGAAUUCAGAGAAUCAUGAUCCUCGGGAUAGAAAUAAUGAGAUGGUUAAAGCAAUGCAGCAUUGGAAAAUGACGGCCGCUCUAAGAGAAAAUGAAAAACUGGAACUUAUGAAGGAGGUCAAUGAGUUGAGGCUCAAGCUUUCUAGACUCCGAAAUGCAGAAUCAACACACACUAGAAAACUUAAUGCAGAACUGCAAUCGGCAAGUGAAGAAGCCCUGUCGCACCUCGUUAACGCCUCGAGUGCAGUUGCAAGAAUGUUGGAACUUGUCAAGUCGUAUAUUCAAGGGAAACGGGAACUUGAGUCUGCAUUGCCUCGGUGGAGCAGUUUGAGCAAUACCCCGACUAAAGAGAAAGUUAACAGAGUGCCCCCACUGCUGAUCGGUGGAAGGCAUAUUCAGCCGGUGGUUUCCCUCAGUAGGACACUGCAGCCCACUAAUUCUCGUAUCAUGUCUAACAGAAGUCCUAAUCAGAUCAACAGGAGUGUGUCUGCCCGAGCUGUGCCCAUGCAUAUGUUGCAAGAUGUGUUCAUCCCAUUGACUCGCAUUGAUGCAGAGAUUCCCAUCAGCAAUGGGGACGUAAACCCGGAGGAAGCUAACGAUAGCACCAACGACCUGGCAUCUGAUGACAGCAGUGAAAGAAUGGAUGAGCCGGUGUCAGGUCGGGAUGAUUUUGAAGAGUCACAAAGGCUAGAGACUGUGGUAGAAGAAAUGGAAUUCGAAGAUGAGACUGCACAAAGACCUAUAGACCCUCUGGAAGGACCAAGCUGGCUCUUGGAUGUACCUGCACACAACAAUAAGAGAAAAUCUAAAAAUCAAACGACAUCGGAGCCUGAUUCUACCACCCAGUUGCACGCAAAUGCUAGCCCUGGGCCCAGUCGAAACCAUCUUGAGGUGGAGGGGCCGGUGUCGGUGACGGUAGCGUGCGAGUUCACGCCCACGGUGCGGCGCCGCAGACGCGCGUCGCCGCGGCGCGCCGCCGGGCCGCGCGUCAUCACGCCGCUUGUUGCCUCACCGCGCGUCUCGCUCUCGCCGCACUUCUCCCCGCGACCCGCGAGGCGGAACAGUACCAACGCUCCCAUCCUCAAAGUGAUGGUGGCCAAGAUGCGCCUCUCCGAUGACGAAGACUCCGACUCUUCUCCGCCAAAAAGUCCGAAUCUCGACCAAAUCACUACAAAAAGACCUAAUCGCAACGAACAAAAGCCGAACAAAACCGAGAUACCACCGAAAAGGCCAAAAUUCGGCGAAAUGCAGCCGAAACCGCAGAAAAUAUUACAAAGAAGAUCCCCAGAGAGUCCGAUACGACGGGAAAGCUCUACAAAGCGACACUCAUCGGACGGGUCGCCGAUAUGCCAAGUGCAUUUAAGGGAUUUGACUCCGUCGCAAAGGUUGAUGCGAUUCGAUGCGCCAAGCCCUAAUGGUUCCACGGACGCUUGUGUAAUAGUAUUAGAAACCAGUAAUGACCAACUCGAACCAUGUUGUUCAGGCGUAUCGCGAGAGCGGACGCUCAGCCGAACCAACAGCAGAGAGAAUCAACAGAAUCACAGUAACCACGGCAAUCACAGCAACAGUAGUCAUGACAAUCAUCCCACCAACAGCAAUCACAAUCCCACCAGCCAUGACAAUCGCCUAGCCAAAACCCGAAAUAAUCAACCGAAUCACACUGGUGAUCAUAGCAAAAAUAAUCACGAGAAUCAUCCCGCCAGCACCCGUGACAAUCACAGCAAUCAUAACCGAGCCAACAAUCACGACAAUCACACCAGUCAAAAUAAUCACAGUAACGGCAUUCACAGCAGCUAUGACCACAACAAUCGCACGGCCAACAUGACCAGUACAAAUCAUGACACGUGUAGCUACGUUAGCGACAAUCGCAAUAGUAGUUCGCUCAGGAGUCGCCUUAACAGUCACAAUGGCAACGGGAGUGACAGCAGCAACAGUGACGCGGUCAGCGAAGGACGCACGCGGAGGCCGAGGAAGGCUGUCGUGUAUAAAGAAAAACCACUUAACAGGAAACUAAGAAGAUGAUGGAGCCUGUAGUGUAAUAAAUGGAAUUUUAUAAUAAUGAUAGAAAAUAAAUGAUAUUAUUAUAAACUG